CGAGAGUCUAGAAGGCGGGCCCGGCUUUCGCUAGCGACUGACUAGCGCGGUGGAAUGGAGUCCCAAUGGUCCAGUCCUCGAGUCUCGUCCCCUGGCGAACCAAACGAACCAAGUGAACGGACUGAAGUAAACACUAAGAGCGUGUUAGGUUUGGACGCUUGGACUCGCACCUUUUCGGUACCUUUUCUGGCGCGGAGUCUAGUUUGUUAGCCUUGCCUUCUAUCAUCCUUUCCAUUCCUUCUUAUCAGCCACUCACUUUUCUCCUUCGAGGGCCACAUUCCACCCCCCGUCCACUCUUUCGACUAUCUCGUCGCUUUCGUCGCUCUCUACCCCCCCCCCCUGCUCGCUUUCGCUCGAAGACAGAUUCACAUUCCUUGCGUCCGUCAAAACCCAAUCCACGUCCAGUGCCAGUGCCAGUCCAAUCCCACCUCGACCUGCAACCCCCUUCGUCGGACCUUGUGGCUUCCUUGUGGCACCAGUUCCACUCUCCUCGUGCACCCCAACCCCAUUCCAGCUGGGUCCUCACUGCUGCGUAUACAUCGUAUACUGUAACCGUCGAAGUCUUUCCGUCCGCUGCCGGCGAUACACACUAGUUCACGGCACCCACGUUACGGUUCACUCGCUGCAUGAGGGAACGAUUGUCGCUACGCCUCCGUAUAUAGAACCUCAGCAUACUCGCCAAUCUCGCAUCGGCUACUUGACAUCUACAUUCACACCGUCACAAUGGGUCUCAUCGAUAAGCUCCAAGCUAAACUCGAGCUGUACCGCCUCGAACAGCGCUACGCCCGUCGCAAGCACCGCAGCACUUUCUCCACGGGCGCUCAAUACGUCGAUGGCGAAUACGUCUUCAACGGAGGCACAAACUCGCCUACCAGCACUGUCUCCAAGCACUCCACCGGCAGCUGGCGCCCAUCCGGCCUGCGCGGGUCGCAGGAGUCGCGCUGGAGGUGAUACGUGAAAUCGAAUAUUGAUGAUUGCGCAAAUUAUCCGUCUCAAUUUCCCUUUUUUUCUUUCCCGGUUCGACCGAUCUUAGCGCCUUUCAUUGUUUUAUCCUUCGACACACACACACACACACACACACACACACACACCCUCCCAACCUCUUGGGUUGAAUCCCCAGCUCUUCGCGUGAUGUACCUGCGAAGAUCGAUCUGGACUCUGACCCUGACCCACUCACUUGACGACCUCGUGCUUAGUCGCCAUGUCCGUUCCGUUGGAAUGUUUCUCUGAUUUUUCAUCCGCUCAUCUACUCAUCCUAUCUACCUUUGGCUCUUGACUCUGCAACGGCAGGACCCCAUGAAUUUGGAUUUUGUUUCGGCGAACCACCGCCAAAAGUUGGGCCCUUUCUCUCUCUCUCUCUUUCCCUCUUUCGUGGGACUUGAUACCUCUGCUUCUUGAGAUAUGUCUACCUCAUGUCUUUGAAUUCCUUUCUUUUCCCUUUUUUUUUCUUUUCUCUUUCUCAUUGCAUUGUGCUGUUUAGCAUAUAGCAUUCCUCCUUGUUCAAUUCUCUUGUCUAUGUUAUUCGGCUUGCAUUUGAUUUGAUGUUUGUUUCUUCUUUAUAUACAUUACAUAGCAUCUAAGAAUACCUCUGUGGGUUUGAUUGACAUAUCUGAAUUGUUCCGAAAGGGAGAGGAAGUGUACAUACUUUGUAGCUGAUAUAUGGGCAUGGAGAUAGAUGACCUCCUGGGCUUUUCGUGACAAGUGUACAAGGUCUCGCGAGCCAAGUUUGU